AUGCCGAAAAUGGGUAGCACUCAGAAACAAGAGGAGGAAUCGUCUCACCCAGCACGAGCCAUCAAACAAAUCUCCCCAACCAAAGGGAAAAGCCCAUUCCAAGAUGGACUGCUGCCUGGCUGUGCACCUUUGAUAAACAAGGUGACAACGAGCCCGCCACGUCACGUGGCUCGUUCCUAUAACCGUUCUCGCUGCUGCCCUACGUCCAUCCGCCCGCGUGAACUUGUAUUCUUGACUUCUACCCCUUCCGUCGCUCCCUCACUUCCUCCCCAGCCUGAGUUUCAUUUCCAUAAGCUGGCCACGUCAUCCACUUGCUCGCAUGGGGCCGCCAUCAUCGCUACAGGUCAACUUUGUGACGGUGUCGGCCGCAUUCUCCCUUUCCCACCGAUUCAGGACGACUGGUUGCCUCGUAUGAAUGCUUCCAAAGACCUCUUCCUUAUUCGCCUAGAGGAUUUUAGACCCGCACCAAACUGGGCUGUUGGCCCUCGUGAGGCCUCCCACGGGGAGCUGACAAGUCGCGAAAAUGCCUUAAAGACCGACUGUGUCUAUACCCAAGGCAGGAUGAGGGCGAUGCGCUCUUGGCCUUCAUUUGAUGGAGCAGAAAUGGCUGGCUCCGGCAGGCUGAAGCAUGGCCCCUUUUCUCCCUCCCUUCCCUUCGCAAUGGAGCAGUGGCCGAGUCCGACCUAUCACGACUGGCGAGAACACAUUGCAUGA